AUGGAACCGAUGCCAGAACAAUCGCUGUACCGACAGUGGCGAAAGAUGUCAUUCAAGGCGAAAGAGGACCUAAUCAAAACCAUUGCAGAAUAUCAGGCGCAGUUCUGGAAGCCGAGAAACAGAUUUCAGGGCGUGAGCAACAUCAACCGGAAGCCACAACCGGAUUUGAGAGAAGAUACUUAA